GGAAGCCGAAAAACUCCAAAAGAAGGGACUGAGUACUGAGGAAAGAAGUCAGAAAGAGGUGCAUUUGCAGAAUUUUGAUUCCAUUUCUACUGUCCAUUUCCUCUCUCUCUCUCUCUCACCUCGUGACAUCCGUCCUUCUCCACUUCUCCCCAAUCAUCAACCAUUUUUCCCCAUCCAUAUAUCACUAUUGGUAUUUGUGGCUUCUGAAAUACGGUUUUUUGUUUCCUCAGUUGAACGAAUUGCUGUCAUUUGGAUCGGCCGGAAUUAAAUUGUUGUCUAUAGAUGCUGGUGUUCUGAGAUGAUUUGCAAAGAGAGUCUGCCUUUCUGAUUUGUAUGGCCAUUACCAAAGAAUGUUGUUGAGGGCCCCACAUGAAUACCACAGAAAAAAUGAUUACGCACGAGCAAGAUCCAGAUGUUGUCCGGUGGGGUCUUCAAUUGUUUGAUAGUGAUCCCUAUUCUAACUGUGCAUAUAGUGGUGCCAUGCCCCAAAACAGCUUCGAUUACUAUCAGGACCAUUACUUUAAAGGUGAUCAUUUUAGUACAGAAUCUGGCAAUGAGGAAAAUCACAAUUUCAAUGCACAGCGUCUCCAGGAAGAACUGUCUCAGCUUUCAGUUGCUGAACCACCUUCAAUUCUCCAUCAAAUGGAAGAACAUACACAAACACAUUUUUAUCCACAAGGCUGGUUUAGUCAACCUAUGGGAAACUACAAUAUUGGAGAAGAGAACUGUGAUGAAGAAGAAAUUAAUGAUGGAGCUUCCACUUCAUGCUCUAGCCCAGGAGAAGAGUCAUAUACGGGGGAGGACUGGUCGUAUUCACUUGAAUUGACGGAUGAAUAUGAUCUUGAUGGUGAAGUAGGGAAACGAUUGAACCAGAUGAGUCCAAUCCCUCACAUUCCUAGAAUCAAUGGAGAAAUACCGUCAAUUGAUGAGGCAACCUUAGAUCAUCAAAGACUUCUUGACCGAUUACAGGUUUAUGAACUAGUAGAAUUUAAAGUUCAAGGUGAUGGGAAUUGUCAGUUUCGUGCUUUGUCAGAUCAAUUUUACCGCACCCCUGAGCAUCACAAAUUUGUCAGACAGCAAGUUGUGAAUCAGCUCAAGUCAUGCCCAGAGAUGUACGACGGAUAUGUUCCCAUGGCCUAUCAUGAUUACCUGAACAAGAUGUCAAAGGAUGGCGAGUGGGGUGAUCAUGUAACUCUACAAGCUGCUUCUGAUUCGUAUGGUGUAAAAAUAUUGGUCAUAACAUCUUUCAGAGAUACCUGCUACAUUGAGAUACUUCCCACCAUUCAAAAGUCUGAACGAGUUAUCUUCUUGAGCUUUUGGGCCGAGGUUCACUACAACUCAAUAUAUCCUGUACGAGAUAUCACAGCCGUUGAGAUGAAAAAGAAGUACUUAGCCAUUUCAAAUGAACAAUUGGAAUCUCAAGAUGGUUACCAAUGAUAAGACUGCUAAUACAUGAUGUUUGCCACAAUGCUUCUGCAAAUUACCGAUAACCAGCUCAGGUGCAAGCCAUUUUUUUCUUGAUAUUCUUUCCCAAGAGCAAUAUUUGAUUUGAGUUUUGAACUUGCACUAUUCAUCUUUGCUAAAUCCAGCAGCAAGUCUAACAUUAUUUUUCAUAUUCUCCCUCAAGUAUGUCUACCUUGAAUGCAUCUACAAAAUAAAUACUCAGAUGCAUAUUUAUCUUCUCUUAACCUUUAAUAGUCAGAUGUAUAGGUGAAUAUCUGAGUUCUGAAAGUAUCAUUUUUAUCUCAUGAAGUUAAUUAUAAUGA